AUGAGAAGAUUUUUUGGAUUUGAUAGAAGUGAGGAAAAGGAAGAUGAUAAAAUAAAUGAAGUUGAAAAAAAUGACGAAAAAGAGUAUGAAGAUGAAAAUAAUGAAGAAGAAGAAGAAUAUGAAGCAGAAUAUGGUGGCGAAGAAGAUUUAAAAAAACACAUUUGCUUAUCGAAAAAUAUGUUCAUGGGAAAUGAUAUAUUAACACCAUUUAAUUAUAAUUUAUUAGCAUAUGACCAGAACAUAAACGGUAGAAUAAUUAUAAAUGAUGAAGAUGAUGAUUAUGAGAAUAAUGACAAAAUAAAAGAUUUAAAAGCGGUAUCUGCUUUAGCUAUUCCAGAUGAAGAAAGCACAAAAUCUUAUGAACAAAGAUAUAAAGAAAAUGAAUUAAAAGCACGACGAAACAAUUUAAGGGAAAAUGUUUUAAAGAAAUUAACAUCUAUAAAAAUGAACAUAAAUAUAAGAGAAAUGGAUGAGUAUUCAUCUGUAAAAAAGUUAUAUAUAAAAAAAAUGGAAACAAGUGAUAUACAAAAAGGAAAUGAAAAAAAUAUGAAAAAAAAGAAGAAGAAAAAAAGCUCAAUAAUAAAUAGCAUUAUAAAUGAUGACCCAAUAACACACGAAGAUAUUUCUUUAAAUGCGAAUUAUACGAAUGCAGAUGUGUUAUCUAAUUAUAAAAGUGAACACGGAAAUAUUGUGGAUAAUAAAAAUAGUAGUAUAUUGCCUUUUAAUAAUAACCAGCAUAAAAAUGAAAUAUUUAAUGAGCCUAUUAUAAAAAAAUCAGACGAAUCGAUAUUAAGUAGUGAUGCAUUAAGUAAUAUUAAAACCUUAGAUAUAUAUAAAAAAAUAAAAAAACCUAAAUGGCACUAUCCAUAUAAAUUAUAUAGAGUUAUAUUAGGGCAUUCGGGUUGGGUAAAUUGCGUUGAUGUUGAUAUAAGUAAUGAAUGGUUUGCAACAGGAGCUAAUGAUCGACUAAUUAAAAUAUGGGACUUAGCUACCUGUAAACUAAAAUUAACCUUAACAGGGCAUAUAAAUAGUGUAAGAGAUAUAAAAAUUUCUAAAAGGAAUCCAUAUUUAUUUAGUUGUGGUGAAGAUAACAGAGUUAAAUGUUGGGACUUGGAAUACAAUAAAGUGAUAAGAGAUUAUCAUGGUCAUUUAUCUGGUGUAUAUUGUUUAUCUUUACAUCCAUCAUUAGAUAUAUUAAUGAGUGGGGGAAGAGAUGCAGUAGUUAGAGUAUGGGAUAUAAGAACAAAAAAUUCAAUUUUUGUAUUAUCAGGACAUACAGGAACGAUUAUGUCUUUAUCUUCGCAAUCUGUUGAACCUCAAGUUAUAUCAGGUUCUCAAGAUAAAAUGAUAAGAUUAUGGGAUUUAAAUAAUGGCAAAUGCAGAAUAGCAUUAACACAUCAUAAAAAAAGUAUUAGAUCUUUAUCCAUACAUCCUUUUGAAUACAGUUUUUGUAGUUGUGCUCCAGAUAAUGUUAAAGUAUGGUGUGGGGCAGAUGCAGAAUUUGAUAGAAAUAUUACAGGUUUUAAUUCAAUAGUAAAUUGUAGUUUAAUUAAGCAAGAUUCUUACUUUAGUGAUUCUUCAAUUUUAAUAUUAGGUAGUAAUAAUGGCCAGCUUCAUUUCUAUGAUUGGUCAAGUGGAUAUAAAUAUGAUACAUUGACAAAUAAAGUUGUACCUGGAACAGUUGAUUGUGAAAAUUCCACUUUAUCGAUGGCUUUUGAUAAAAGUGAGAGCCGGUUAAUAACAACACAUGGUGAUAAAUCCAUAAAGAUUUGGAAAGAAAAUGAAGAUGCGACACCAGAAAACUUUCCGAUUAAAUGGAAUCCUUAUGAUAACUUUAAAUUUUAA